CGGCAACGCAAUGGCAAUUCCUCUUUCUCCGGUCGUUCGUGGGCAUUUUGCGAGAAAACUUUUCGCCGCAUUUAAAAUCGUACCCAGCGAAGCAUGCGAACGGCAUAAGGAUUGGAUAUAAGGGCUAGCGAGUGAUGAACAACCAGCGAUAUGGCGGCAUCCAGUGGAUACAGCACCACGUCUCCGCCGGCGACUCCUCGGAAGUGGACAUCCUGGAGAGUGACGGUGGAGCGGGGGCGACGGGCGAGGACCUGGACCAUAUGGCAGCCGAGAAUCUUAUAUUCAUGGCGCGCGACGGCCAGCUGAGCGAGAUGAUGGCGGCCAACGAAGCGGGCGGAACAGUCCUAGUCACUGCCGAUGGCACAACGGUGGCCUAUGCUGAAUCCUUUGACGAUGACGCCCAGGUGGUCACGGAGGAGGUCAUUACUGACGACUGGGUGCAGCACCAGGGUGCCGAGCGUGUGGAAAUCGCAGCCGAGCAGAUAGCCGGCAUCAGCAGCUCGCAGGAACUGCUGGAUAUGGAGCAGGAUGAGUACACCGCGCUGAGACCGUAUCCCUGCGACUUUUGCAGCCGUCGGUUUCGGAAGAAGGCCACCUUGAACAACCACAUGCUGGCCCACCAAAACGAUCGACCGCAUCUCUGCAAGCUGUGUGGAGCCCGAUUCUCACGACGGGCAGAGCUCAUCAGUCAUUUCAAAGCCCACGCAGAGGCCCAGGAUGCAGCCGAUGCGGAAGCAGCAGCCGCUGCAGCCGAUUCCUCCUCCUCCAUUAAGUUCGAGCACCAGUCGCAGCGGCAAUUGGACGAUCACUACUACGAGCAGGAGUGGCCACUCUACCAACAGCAGCAGGAGCAAGAUCAGUCGCAACAGGAGAUGCAGCAUCACCAUCAGAUAUUGGAGGUGGGCGAGGUUCAGCUACUUGAUAGCUAUCCGGAAGCAGUAGCUCCGCCCGCAGCACCAACGCGGGGCAGGAUCAGUCGGCUUAAGCCCAAGGAGGAGAGCAGCCAGUUUAUUGUGAUUUCCGACAAGCCGAUCGCCAGCGAUUUGAGGGACUACAUGGACUCUGAGCCGGCUCAGCCUGUGGUCGCAACAUCGCACCCCAUCGCCGUCGAACCUCCGCCACAGCCAAAUUUCCCAGUGCUGGAUGACAGCAAACCCUUCGUGUGCCAGCAGUGCGGACUGGCCUUUGCGCGGGAAAAGGCACUCGUCUCACACACAAAGAACCACCGCGUGGACUCGCCUUUCGAAUGUAAUCAGUGCCAGGAGAUGUUCUGGGACAACACUAGCUUGCAGGAGCACCAGAAGACGCACCAGUUCGAGGAGAGUAACUCGGAGUACGAUCCUGCUUCGGCGGAGGAUAGUGCCAGCGAAUCGGAGCCCGAGGAGCAGUUGUACGGCGAGUUCUAUUGCAACGAGUGCGGGAUCUCUUUCCAUCGCCAGGAUCUGCUGCGGCGCCAUGCCAAAAUGCACUGCAAGCAAACGGAUCAGGCAGCCGGUGAAGGCAAUUCCGAUGUUACUGCUGGUGGAGAGAUAGAGCUUGCCAAAGAUUCAGGCGGUCACUGCUGUCACACCUGCGGAAAGUCCUUUCCCAGCGCAUUGGAGAUGCUUGCCCAUGCCGAAAUCCACGCUAGAUUCCCGCCCUUCAAGUGCGUCCUAUGCGGAAUCAGCUUUUACGAGGAGCAGGCAAUAAAGCGGCACCUGCACACCCGCCACCCCAGCGAACUGAAGGCUAACUCCUGUGUGCUGUGCGGCAAGGAGUGCCGCGACCGCAAGGCUCUGAUUAAGCACGCGUGGGACCAUUCGCGCGAAAAGUGCCACUCGUGCUCCAAGUGCGGCAAAAACUUCCACAACAAGGCGCGCCUGAAGCGGCACAUGGCCUCGCAUCGCGACAAGUCAGUGGUGUGCGAGGUGUGCCAGGAGGAGUUCCCCGACGGUCGAACACUCUCCAACCACCGCCACUCCCACAGCACCACUUCGCCGGGCAAGCUGUUUCCGUGCCACGAGUGCGGCAAGACGUUUGGAUCGCGUAGCUCCCAGCAGAUCCAUGUGCGCAUCCAUACUGGUGAGCGGCCAUACGGCUGCCGCUACUGCUGGAAGGCCUUUGCCGACGGUGGCACGCUGCGAAAGCACGAGCGCAUUCACACGGGCGAAAAGCCGUACGCCUGCUCCGUUUGCCCGCGCGCCUUCAACCAGCGUGUGGUGCUGCGCGAACACAUCCGCUCACAUCAUUCUGGGCUGGAUGUGGCACGGAAUACUUACCACUGCACGGUCUGCUCCGAGGACCUAGCCUCGUCCAACGACCUCAUCCAGCAUCUCAUUCAACACAGUGAUUCAAACACCGCCAAGCAGCGCCAGCCCAUUACGGGGCCGCGCAAGUACAAGCGUCGACGUAAGCUGCAGCCUCACGAGAUCGCACACAUGCGGGCGGAGCACAAGGAUACCAACGGCGAAGAGGAGGAUGCCAUAGGAGGGGGCGAUGCAGAUGAGUACACUAGCGACAUCGACCUUUGUGACUUCGAUGUGGAGAAUGUGGACGAUAUCUUUGAAAUGGCCGAGUCGCCCAAAAAGGAAAAGAGGAAAAGGUCGUCGGGAGCUCCAAAGGCUGAACCCAAACCAGCGGCUAAUGGCAAAACGGUGAAGUCGGCCCAGGAAAAGAACAAGGCCAAAUCAAGAUACGACUCUACCAGCAGUCAACAAUCAGAUCGCAUCUGGGAGGAGAAGUUCCUGCAAGACAGCCAAGUGGCUCUUUUCCAGAUCGAUUCGCUAGUUGUGGUUAACGAUACUCACCUGCAGCCCUCCAGUUCCACUGGAUCUGCAGCCGUACCCAAAACAAGAGGAGCCGCCAAGCAGCAGGGAAAAGUGCAGGCUAAACCUGCAGAAGUGGCAGACAACCUUAACACGUCCGUUUCCACAUCCACCGGCGCCUCCACCACUUCCAGCAGUCGCAGCAGGAAGAAGGCAGGAACUACAAAGACUGCCAGCAAAGCACCACCUGCCAUCAAUUCGCGACCCCGAAUGAUUCACACAGAGAAGGCCAAAGUACCGAAGGGAGCUGGCGGAGAAUCAUCCAGCAGUGCAGCCAAGAAGACGCGAUCCAAGACCUACAUCAGUCGAACAGAGACAACUAAUCUAAGUCUAGAGAAAUCACGCAGCAGUGCCUCAAACAUGGUGGAUGACUAUGAGAUCAUUUCUCCGGCCACCCAUCCGCCAAAUCAGAUCAGCUCCAGCCCUCUGCACAUCAAACAGGAGCAGGAGCAGCGUGUUCAACUAAUGUAUGAUGAUAAUCUCCUAAUAGAUGCUGGUCUGCUCAGGGAAAAGACGUACGAGAAGUUCAACCCGAGCAUUGUUAAUCUGGAGGAGAUUCUGCGUUCGCCACUAAAACACGAGAGGAAUUCCCGCCUACGUUUCACCAGCGAAUCCUCGACAACCCCGCAAUUUCUGCCCGAAGAGGAGCAGAACCUUAUUAAGAUCGAGCCAACGUCUCCAGACUUGCGGGAGAUGGUGGAGAGCCAGCAAAGAGUCACGGCACCCAGUGGGACCACUCCUUCGUCCUCAUCCUCUGCCAGAACUUCCAGACAUCUUCGUCAGAUCACUGCCAAUGGUGCAAGGACAGAGAGCAGGAGGACUGCAGGAGGCAUUACCAGCAAAUCAAUAGCAGGCCCGGGAGUUGCCAAAAAAGUAAACACUGCCACCAAGGUCAGCAGCAGCUCAUCCUCGUACCUCAAUUACGGGGUAGAUGCAUACAAUGUGAACGUACCUGCCAGCACAAGCAAUGUCGAUGUGGGCAGCGGUUUCUUUUCCAUCUCGGAGGUCGUCUCCGCUGCCGAUGCCGCGGAUGCGGCGGCUAUGGCGGCGGCGGCUGGCAAAUUGGAACGCAAGUCCCGCAGCUUUGAGUGCGAAAUGUGCUCAGCCAUCUUCUACGAUCGCGCCCAACUGCUGGAACAUGUGCAUAUCCAUAUUUAGAUGGAAGCUACCUAAACUACUCGCCCGAAGCCUUGUAUUUUUAAAACCUCUUAUCCUAAUACACACAAAGAUUCGGAGUAAAUUACCUCAUGGUAUCGUGCAUCGAAAAAUAUCGUUGACUUAUGCGUUAUUUAAAAAAUUGAACACACAACUAUUGUAGAGAGCUUAGUUCGUAAGGCUUUUAAGUUUGUACCUCAGCUUUGUUUUGAAGAAUUGGUAUACUGGAAUAAAUAUAUCAUUAAAUGGUUUUUCAUUGCCUCAAA